UCCCCAUAAUCUCAGGAUCACUAAUCUUUAUCAUUUCCAGAAAGAUCUCGCUGUUAUCAUGAUACCUGCUAUUUUCUUCAUUUUCACUCUUACGGAAAAGUUGUGUGUGUCCGCUGCAAACGUUCCAUAAUUUAUAGCUUUUUCUUGAGAAAUUCCAACACCAGAAUUGUUGUCUGACUGCCCGCACUUUCACGCGUCUUACAUGGAGUCUCGAUAACGAAAGGAAAGUUAGGUAGCAAGCGAUCCAUGACUUGCAAACCCAAGACGAGGUAGGGACAGACAAACACAGCUCUGUGUUUGUCUCUUCUCGGGUGUCAUGGAUGGAGUCUCAUUUCUCGAGCAAUAAGCAGCCGGUCCGACUGAAAUAUGGAAUGACACGAUAAGCUUACCUUGAAUUAUUUUGAGACCCAGCCAUGUCGGCUUCCCUAUUUUGCCCGGGGAAUUGGUGAAAAUGGGAGACGUUCCCCAGUUUCGGGGACCAACUCAUCUCAUGUCCACCUCAUUACGCAUUGCAGUACUGUGCGCAAAACACAUUACCUUAUCAAGCACAUCAGACUGAUGCGUAAGAAAUGUAUGCUUGCUGGUCUUCGCUCAAACCUGUAACUACAACUAUUAUCAUUUCUGCUUUCCCUCCUCUUUCCAUUUUGUAUGUGCUUUGAUGCUAGCAUACCAAAACCAAAAUCUAAAACGGUAUUUGCUAAACAGCUCUUUUUCCCUAAAACGCAAUUCUCUAAACUGUAAACUGCAUGAUGCGCAGAAUAUUUGGGGAAAAUUAGCCGUAUUGGUUCAUAACAGUCCAUUUGUUUCAGGGGAAUGGCCUUGCCAAAAAGAAAUUUUGGAGCAGAGACCUAUCGUUUGCAGCAUUUUGCGCGUGAUUGGUCACAGCAAGGGUCCAUAUUGGAGAAGAGAAACGUUUCAAAUGAUUGACAGGGUGGCAUGGAGGUUGACUCUCGAGGCUGGUGAUGCGACGUAGGAAACAAGUGGCAUUGCUGUCUCUGGCCUUGGCUGUAUUGGCUGUGCCUACUUUGCUUCUCUUCUACCUGCAGGAUCGAGCCGAGGACAACCUGUUGGGUUUCACCAAACGAGAAGCUGCACUGGCUGAGCGGGUUAGAGAGGUACAACAAGAAAACCAGCUCUUACGACGUCAGCUCGGCUUCUCCCGUAAGCAGCUGUUGGGUCUUCGUAAUGAAAGUGAAGCGUGUAGACCAUCCUCCGAAGUCCCAAAGUGCCAAGUACUGCACGUAGCCAUCGUGUGUGCAGGUUACAAUGCAUCCCGUUCUGUGGUCACACUCGUCAAGAGUGUUCUCUUUUACCGAAAGAACCCUCUCCACUUGCAUUUUAUCUCGGACUCUGUCGCCCAUACCAUUCUGCAGACGUUGUUCCGCACCUGGAAUGUUCCUGCUGUGGAGGUGAGUUUCUACCUGGCUGACAACCUUCAGGGCCAAGUGUCCUGGAUUCCCAAUAAACACUACUCUGGUGUCUAUGGACUCAUGAAGUUGGUCUUACCAAAGGCCCUGCCCGACACUCUCGAAAAGGUGAUCGUUCUGGAUACGGACAUCACGUUCGCAUCUGACAUAGCCCAACUGUGGAGUAUCUUUGACGAGUUCACCUCCAAACAGGCCAUAGGACUUGUGGAGAAUCAGAGCGACUGGUACUUGGGCAAGCUGUGGAAAAAUCACCGUCCCUGGCCAGCACUUGGCCGUGGCUUUAACACUGGCGUUAUUCUCCUGCACCUUCAACGGCUGAGGGACCGUGGCUGGAUGCAGAUGUGGCGUCUGAUUGCUGAGAAGGAGCUCAUCAGCAUGUGGUUCACGUCUCUCGCUGACCAGGAUAUCUUCAAUGCAAUGUUGAAGCAACAUAUGGACCUUCUGUAUCGUCUGCCCUGCCAGUGGAAUGUCCAGUUGGGGGACAAUACCUUGAGUGAGGUAUGCUAUACUGAGGUUCAAGACCUGAAGAUUAUUCACUGGAACUCGCCCAAGAAGCUCAAGGUGAAGAACAAGCAUGUCAAGUUUUUCCGCAAUCUCUAUCUGACCUUUCUUGAGUACGACGGCAACCUGCUUCGAAGGGAAUUGAUCGGCUGCAAUGGCAGCACCCAUACUUCCCACUUACAAGAUGCCUUGAACCUGAUAGAUGAAGAGGAUCCCUGUUACGAUUUCCGGAGAGCCAGGGUCGUGCAACACAGAACUCACUUGUACUACAUCGAGUACGACUACGAGCCUUCACCAGAGGGCAAUGACGUAACGUUGGUGGCACAACUCUCUAUGGAUAGAUUGCAGAUGGUGGAAUCACUCUGCAAGAACUGGGAAGGUCCCAUUAGUCUAGCACUGUACAUGUCUGACUCAGAAGUGCAGCAAUUUCUCAGCUACACCCUCAACUCUGAGAUUCUGCAGAGCCGAAAAAACAUUGGCUACCACGUGGUUUACAAAGAUGGGACUUUCUACCCAGUGAACUUGCUUCGUAACGUAGCCAUGCAACAGGUCAACACCCCAUUUGUGUUUCUCACAGACAUUGAUUUCCUUCCCAUGCAAGGACUGUAUGAGUACCUCAAGCGUUCUGUGCUGGCCAUGGGACUUGAGUCCUACAGAAAGGCUCUCAUCGUUCCAGCCUUUGAGACUCAGAGGUACCGUCUCAGCUUUCCAAAGUCCAAGGCAGAGCUACUAUCAAUGCUCGACAUGGGUACACUCUUCACAUUCAGGUAUCAUGUUUGGCAGAAAGGGCAUGCUCCGACAAAUUUUGCAAAGUGGCGUACUGCUACCACGGCAUAUAAGGUGAACUGGGAACCCAACUUUGAACCCUAUAUUGUCGUCAAGCGAGACGUCCCAGAGUAUGACAAAAGAUUUGUUGGAUUUGGGUGGAACAAGGUUUCUCACAUAAUGGAGCUUCAUGCCCAAGGCUACGAGUUUGUUGUUCUCCCAAAUGCGUUCAUGGUACACAUGCCUCAUGCGCCGUCCUUCGACAUUGCCAGAUUCCGCUCCAGUGCCCAAUACCGCAAGUGCCUCUCCAUCAUCAAAGGAGAGUUUGCUCGGGACCUCUCUCUGCGUUAUGGAAAGGACUUUUUGGCCAGCUGACACUCUGGAGCAAUUUGGAAUAGUUUUAUUAAAUAAAGGUUCAGCCAAAUAUUGAUUUUUUAUUCAUGA